UUUGAGCUAGCCCUCACUGGGAAUCCUCGCUUCGAGUUACUUUCCCUCAGGUUCUCCACCGGUUCCCUGGAGACUCGAACCCAGCUCUCAUGUCGUCUCCUCUGGCCAAGCCGCAGAUCGUGGCUCACAUCCAGAAGAGUCUGAACUUCACCGUGUUCGACACCAAAUGGAUCCCGAGCAGCGCCAAGUUCGUGUGCGUGGGGAACUUCCCCCGAGGAACCGGAGUUCUGCAGAUCUACGAGGUCCAGCAGGGGGACGCUCAGCUCAUCAGGGAGGUGGAGAAACCAAAGCCCAUAAAGUGUGCGACCUUCGGAGCGUCCUCUCUUCAACAGAGACACAUAGCCACUGGAGACUUUGAUGGAAAUCUCAAUAUAUGGGACCUGGAGUCACCUGACCUGCCCGUGUACAGCGUCAAGGCUCAUAAAGAAAUCGUGAACAGCAUCCACGGUGUCGGGGGCCUGGGGAUCGGGGACGGUGCACCGGAGAUCGUCACCGGGAGCAGAGAUGGGACAGUGAAGGUUUGGGAUCCCCGACAGAAAGAUUCACCCGUGGCCAACAUGGAGCCUUUGGAAGGAGAAACCAAGAGGGACUGCUGGACGGUUGCAUUCGGCCACGCCUACAACGACCACGACCGCUGUGUUUGCGCCGGCUACGACAACGGGGACAUCAAACUCUUCGACCUGCGGAACAUGUCCCUGCGCUGGGAAACCAACAUUAAAAAUGGGGUCUGCUGUGUGGAGUUCGACAGGAAGGACAUCAACAUGAACAAGCUGGUGGCCACGUCGCUGGAGGGGAAGUUCCACGUCUUCGACAUGAGGACGCAGCACCCAACCAAGGGCUUCGACUCCGUGUCCGAGAAGGCUCACAAGUCGACCAUCUGGCAGGUGAGACAUUUGCCUCAGAACAGAGACGUCUUCAUGACGGCAGGCGGAGCUGGAAACCUACAUCUGUGGAAAUAUGAGUAUCCUGCUAAGAGAAGCAAGCCGGACUCUGAGGGCGUGGACGUGGGCGUGGCCGGAACCGUGAACCUCCUCCAGAACGUCACUCUGUCCACGCAGCCAAUCGCCAGCCUGGACUGGAGCCCGGACAAGCAGGGCCUGUGCGUGUGCUCCGGGUUCGACCAGACGGUCCGAGUGCUCAUCGUCACCAAACUCAACCAGGUGUGAUCCGCUCGACCACAGCGGACACUGAUGCUCCGUGCAGCCGAAACCUCACGAGGGUCAAAACCCUUUUCCUGAGGCUCAAUGUUUCUCUUUGGAUCGACGAUUUCCCACUGGGGGUCUGAUUCUCAUCUUUGGACCUAACUUGCUGGAAAAGGAUUCAACUGAACAUUGAGAUGUUUGUGUGGGAUUUAUCUCGCUGCUUGGUUUGAACUCAGAGGUGAUGUGAUCCUCUCCCUGUUUCCUGUGCUUCUGUUCGAACGGAUGAGUCUCACAGCUUCCAGUUCAGAAUAAUACUUUGGGGAUAAAGAUCUAACUUCUUCCUCUAGUUCCAUCCUUGAGUCCUGCUCACUGAAACGCUCAUCUCUCGUUGCACUACGGCCGGUCACUUUGUGUAUAACAUUUUAAUGUGAACUCUGUUUUCAAAUUAAAUCUGCUUUUGAAUGAAAGAA